AUGACUGAACCAACAUUGAUCAAAAGUACAUCACAAUCAUCAACUUCAUCGAGAGAGCUUUGUAGUUCUUGUUCGGAGCGACCCUACGAUUUAAUUUGUACAUGUGGAGAUAAAUUCGAUUUUGUAUGUAUUCAUUUACAUGUCGCAGAAAUACGUCACGAAUUUGAAAAUAUUUAUGAUCAAACUGGAGAACAAUUACUUCAAGUUGAACAUGCAACAGAGAAUAAGGAUUGCACUAAUGCGAAAACAAUCAUCGAAAAUUGGAGACAAAAGCGUAUUCAGGAGAUAAAUGACAUAGCUGAUGAUGCUUUAAAUCAAACUCAACAUUUAGAAAAUGCUUAUUUGAAUGUUGGAACAUUUCGCACUCAAUAUAAUGCAUUAAAUGAACAAUCAGAACGUAUUGAUCAUGGACAAUUACAUUCAAUUCAUUCAUUACAACGACAAAUUGUAGAAAAAAUUGAUCAAUUAACAAAUUUACCUGAACUUAUUCAAGAUGAUAGAAGUUUAGAUACACAACUUCAAUCAAAAUUAAAUCCAAAUACAUUCAAUCCAGACUCAACAACACAUGUAACGGAAUCUGUUAUUUCUGCACUUGUUGUACCUUUAGAUACAACUACAUCAACAACUACUGGACAACCACCUAUUGCUACUUCUACAAUGUCUAUCGAACAACCAAAAGAAUUAGUAAACAAUGAUCUUGUAUCUAGUUCAACAAUGGAAACUCUAGGACAUGAUGAUUUUGAUGUUGGUGAAACAGUUAAUAUCGAACGAAAUAAUCCAAAAAUAAUACCUGUAACUCAUGAUAAUUAUGCUGGUACAGUAUGUUGUCAUAAUAAUCAAUUAGUUUAUAAUGAUUAUAAUGAAAGUACGAAAAAUUCUCGUUUAAUAUUUAUACCUGAUCUCGAACAACCAACAACACGACAAAUUAUUGAUUGGAAUGACUUCGAUAGAACUAUUGGUGAUGGUGAUAAAUGGGUACAAGAUAUAGUAUAUUCAACUAUACUUAAAGGUUAUUUAUUACUUACUUCUUCAAAUUUAUAUGUUCUUCAUGAUAAUACAAAUCAGCUUGAAGAAUUUCAUGAUUUUCCAGGUCGUACUAUGAAACGUGUUACAUGUAAUGAUACAUAUAUUUAUUUAAUAGCAGCAUCUAGUACUAUGAGUCAAAAUGGUGAUGAAAUUAUUAUAAUAAAUUAUGAUAAAGAAGAAAAAGUUUGUAAAACAUUACCUGAUAUUACAUUACAUGGAAGAAAUGAUAUGUCUGUAACUCAUGUUGGAGAAAUCAGUGAUUUAGCUAUAAGUACAAAUGGACAAAUAAUAUUAGCUUAUCGUUCAAAAUUACGUCGACAAGUUCGAGUUUGUAUAUUUAAUGUUUCACAUGAUGGAAAUAAUUGGACAAUAGUUAAACAAUUAUUACUUAAUGACUGUUGGAAUGAUAAUGUAUCAUUUACACCAAGAAUGGAAUGGUGUGAAAAAUUACAUGUCUUUUUUCUUAUUGAAUAUAUAACAAGUCAUUUAAUAAUGCUUGAUGAAGCUGGUCAAGUUAAAGGUGAAUGUCGUUUUGUAAAUGCUCAAAAUCGACGAGAAUCUCCAUUAAAUAUAACAAUAUCAACAACUGAUAAACUUUGUCUACGAUAUGAAUCAUCAAUUAAUGUUCAUCAAUUACUCGAUGAUAGAUUAUAA